AAAUCAACUUCAACUCCACCACAUCCAAAACAAAAAUCAAAAUCAAAAUCAAAACCAAAAUCAAAAUCAACCCCAACUUCAACUUCAACCCCAAUGCAUGUACCACCACCACAACAAGCAACCCCAUCCGUAUAUCCACCAGAGUCAUCCGCCCAUCCAGAAUUCGUUGAAGGACCUUCAAUUGAAGAGUAUAACGAAGAACUUGGUGAGUGGGUUACAAUAUACACAUCACCUUCAUCAUUUGCACAAUCAGCACCACAACCAAAUGAGGGAAUGUGUGAGGGGCCAUCAAUUGAGGAAUUUGAUGAAGAGCUUGGUGAGUGGGUAACAAUCUAUACCUCACCUUCAUCAUUCGCUCAAUCCACACCAGGACCACCACCAGAACAAACACCACAACCAAGUACACCCACUACCUCAUCUGCCUAUCCAAAUGUCUAUGCACCAGAAUCCAAGUACUAUUUUGCAGGUGCAUCAACACAAUCAAAUGAGGGAAUGGGUGAGGGGCCAUCAAUUGAGGAAUUUGAUGAAGAGCUUGGUGAGUGGGUAACAAUCUAUACCUCACCUUCAUCAUUCGCUCAAUCCACACCAGGACCAACACCAGAACAAACACCACAACCAAGUACACCCACCACCUCAUCUGCCUAUCCAAGUUUCUAUGCACCAGAAUCCAAGUACUAUUUUGAAGGUGCAUCAACACAAUCAAAUGAGGGAAUGGGUGAGGGGCCAUCAAUUGAGGAGUAUGAUGAAGAACUUGGUGAGUGGGUAACCAUUUACACAUCACAUGCAUCAUUUGCACAAUCCACCCCACAACCAACACCAGAACCAAGUACUCCAACCACCGCAUCAAAUUACCCAAAAUUUUAUGCACCAGAAUCUAAAUUUGAUAUUUCAGGGGCCAUGGAAUUUUGUUAUAAUUAUUAUCAAACAAACUGA